AUGUAACAUAAGAAAAUUAUAAAUGGCACAGUCAUAGCCUCUUCUUAGAGACAUAAUUUAUUCGAAAGCGACUCAUGCGUACUAUUUCUUAGCGCUUAAAUGUCAUCGCUUGGAAAUAUACUUAAAGCAUAAAAAUCAUUUGAAUAGAUGUUUGGUUUUCCUAAUUAUAUAGGUAGAAAUAUCCACAGCAUCAUACCUAAUUCUAUGAUUUAAGAGCACCAGUAGUAGAUUAAGUAAUAUUUAUAUGGUUCUGAAAAAAAAUAUGCUAGUACAACUACAGUUUCUUGCGCUCUGGCUAAAAAUUAAGAGAAUUUUGCAGUUCCUGUAAAUGUAAAAGCUACAAUUGAUCAUGUAAGUGCCUUUGAUUAAAUAGGUUUUGUAUGCACAAUUUCCCUUAAUUAUGACAUAAGUAAUUGCAUGUUAAUUUAAAAAGAUACUUACAGUCUUUAAAUAGUGUCUAAAUAAUUUUAUCAUACUUUUCUUAAAAAAACAUUUGAUCUUGACGAAAUUCCUUAAAUUAAUGCCUCUAAAAUUUUCCCAUAGAUACCUACACUUGUUCAAAACGUUGAUACAUAAUAAAUUUAGAUUAAAGAUACACUGAUGAUUUUGCCUUCGUUUUCAAAUUCUAGCCUCCAGCAAUUAGAAAACAAUAACUCUUCAAAAGAAUAUUUUAAAUCAUCAUCACUGACAGAUAAAAUAUUGAAGUGGUCAGAAUAGGAAAUCCAUUCAAAUAAUAAAAAUUUUAAUUAUUAUCAUGUUUUUUUAGAAAUUUAAUACACUAAAAAUAAUGAUUUCCCAUGCUUUAUAAUAUCAGUUAAAAAUAGUUAAAAAAUAUGUAACAUGUAUGAAAUCUAGCCACUUAUUUAGUAACUCCAAGCAGAGUAUACGAAAUUUAACUAUUAAACCUCUAACUUUGAAAUUGAAAGCCUCAAUAAUAUAUAGUAGCAGUCAACGAGAAUAGGAUAUUCUGAAUUAUUUUAAUUUAAUGAAAAUAAUUCCGUUCAUGCUCUCUACUAAUAGAAAAAUUCUAUUUCAAAUGUUUAGAAUUAAGUAAAAACUUUUAAAAAUUAGAAAACUCUCUUCUAAGAUGUAAAUAGCAGUAAGGUAGAAGAGAUUAUUUCAUCUAGACUUGAAUAGAAAGAUAGCCCGUUUUUAAAUAUUUCUAAAAAGACUCAUGUUAGCUUAAUACAAUCUCCUUAAAAUACAAAUUAAGAACUUUCGCAUCUUAUUUAUCAGGAUAUUCCUAGUACUUACAGAUAAAACGACAGAGAGUUUGGUUAAAUUUCUACAAGAUAAAAUUUAGAUGCAUCCAAAGCUUUUACUCCAAAAUAUUUUGAUGAGGAUUUACUUCAAAGAAGUGAAAGAAAACAAAUUAAAUAACUGCCUGAAAAAUUUUGGAAAAGUCCCAGCUUAGCAACCAAAACUAGUGAAAAGACACUUAAUAAAUAAAAUAGACUAUCUAGAGAUAUUAUAAAAAGAUUGUAAGCUUUUCAGGAAGGUAAGCUUAAUGAGAGUACAAGCAAAAAGAAAGAUUUAGAGAAUACAUAAAUACCACAAACUCCUAAUAUUCAUAGUGAUUUAAAUUCUAUUUCUAAUAACAUGGGCUAAACUAUAUUGAAAAAUAGUAUUACUAGUUUUCAUCAUAAUAAUAUGAUGACAUUAGAAAAUUAAAAAAGUUUCUAAAACAUUCAAAAAAUGAUAGAUUUAAAUCAAUUUUCAAGCUAAUAAGUUGAUUAAUAAGAAUUUUAUGAUCAAGUUUUAUCUGAAAAAUAGUAAAAUUAAGGCAGUAGUCCUAAAGUUAGAUUUUAAGACAAUUAGUCUAAUAAUAGCAACCAAGCAGAUAAUGGAAUAAAAAAAAACUAUUAACAAUCUUCAUUAGUUAGUAGUUCAAAUUCAACUAAAGAAGCAUUGAAAUAGGUGGAGAGAAAAAUCAUGACCACUCAAAACAGUUUAGGCUUAAGGCUGCUAAAUUUAUUUGGCUUAGUUUCAGUUAUUUCCAUUUCUUUAGCCAUAAUUCUACAAGGCCUGUAAAUAACACUAGCGUUUGACAGAGCCUAAGUAGAUUUUAAUUUUGUCUCAUGGCCUAUGGAUAUCGCGUCAUCGAUGUCAUAAAUAUAAAUAUAUAUAACCUAAUAUUACAUGGUACUAUUUUAAUUAAUUCCAGGUUUAACCAAAAGGUGGACUACGGUAAAAUCUGAGUGCAUGGGUAACAUUAAAAUUUUAAAUGAUGAAUGGACUAAUCUUUGGAUUGCAUAAAUUGACAGCUCGUAACAAUAUACUCCCUAUUUUCAUGAUACUAUCAAUAGAGAAAUAAAUUGGUCAGUUAACACAGAUGUUAAAUCUAAAAAGGAUUAAUUAUUCAAAUUGUCAAGCUCAGAGUUCUAUUUCGUACAAAAUUAUUUGACUGCUUACAAAUCCUAUCCACUAUUACAAUCUGAUAGUUAUAAUCAAUAAGCAAUUUUAAUUAAUAAUUAUCAACAAUAUUUUGAACAAGCUAAUUAUGUAAAAGAAGAUAUACAAAACACUUCUAUAACCUCUCUUAAAUCUAUUACUUCUAAUGCUGCUCUUCUAAUGUAUCUUUGCAUUUCGCUCUCUUUAUGCAUGCUUAUUUUCAUUUUUCCAAUUUAUGCUUAUUUACAGUUCUAAAAUGAGUAAAUUUAUAGACUAAUGUCUACUUUAAAUGCAAAUUGCAUAAUAUAAAUGUCUAAACAAGCAGUCUCUAGUCUUAGUAACUUCCAGUUCGCCCUUUAGUAAUACAAAGACAUAUAAAAGUUAACUGGCUCUGUUUCACAAAAAUAAAACAAAGCUAAAGGUUCUGAAAAAGAUAUUAAGAUUCAGAAAUAAUUACCAACCUUUACAGACAACUAAAAAUAGCUUAUAUUAAAAAAUUUAGAAAAGCCUAAUAAGAAAAAAACUAUUUCCACGUGUGAACCUUUAAAAAAAUUCUCAUUUUGUAUGCUAUUAUUGAGCAUAAUAGUAUUUGCAGUAAUUAUCACUCUUCCUAUUGUAUCCUACUUCUUAAUAAACAACUUUUAAGAAGAAGCAAUAUUAAACGUUUAAGUUUUAAGUUCUCUUUAUGAUUUAAAAAACUCUUUUUCGUACUCAUACUAUCUCACUUUAGGAAACAUAUACUACAGCCUUAAUAGUCAGUAACUUUAUAAAGGGUACUUUUUUGGUGAAAGAAUACCAUCCUUUUUCAAAGACAACUCAGAGAAAUUAAGUAAUGUACUUUAAAUAGUUUCACAAUCAAGUGCUCGCAAAAGAUAUGAUGAUUAAGAUUAUUAAAAGUUUUUCUAUUAAAUACUUAAGGCAGAUGUUUGUUCACCAAUAAAUAAUUAUCCUUAAUUUGUAAACUAAAACUAAUACAAUCUAGAUUUAAGCUAAUGUUCUACUCUUCGAGGUGGAAUAUUAACAAAAGGAUAUUAAACUGCUGCAAAAUUUUUCUUUGACAGCCUGUAAUCUGUGAAUGAUUUAAUUUCUUUAAAUAAAAAUAAUGAUUUAAAAAAGGUUUUAAGAGGUUGGGAAUAUUAGUUUGAUAUACCAAACUUUAAUAUUUAUUUUAGAAUGACAAUUGAUAUUUUAUCAAUAUUAAAAGAUUUUAUGAAAGGUAAGGGAGACAAGUAUUUAUAAUAAAUGUAAACUACUGAAAAAUUAGUUUCAGUAUUUGAAAUAGUCAUAUUAUUCCUUCUCUUCAUAUUUUGGUGGGUAUUUUUCUACAGAAAAAUGCAAAUAGAAAUGAAUGAAAAUAGAAGGUUUUUAAGUCUUCUUGACGUCUCAGUGGUUGUAGAAAACACCUAUAUGCUAACUUAUCUAAGCAAAAUAAAAAUUUUAUGA